CAUUGUUUUGUGCGAAUGAAUUUUUCGUACAAAUUACGUGCGAAGAACAGCACACAAUUUUCUAUUUUAGUGCAAAGUAGAGUACAAAUGUGUACGACGAAUUCAGUUGCACAAAAACUGUGUUGUCUCGACAACAUUUGUACGAAAACAUUUACGGCGCAGAUAUCAUCCCUGACCUUGAUUCGACAUAAUUAUGUUAAACCUGAUGAACUUUUAAAAUUCCACGUUCAGUUGUCAUCUGCCUGCACAGGUUAAAGUGAAGCGUAGUAUGACGCCUUUCGUGAAGCGCACAGUCCAAGACGCCUCCGAACAUCCUAUCUGCCGGUCCGUGAUCCAGUAUUGAAGCGGAACCGGAAACCGGAAGUGGAGGCUGCGAGUCACCAGCCUUCAAUCUCCAACGUUGGCGACGCUGUCCCGGAGCACCGUUCGCAGCCCGACGUAGACCAAGUAUCCAGCCGGUUCCGCCAAGGCGUGGUCUACUGCAAUCCACCGUCGUGUCUCGCAGUGUGAGGGAUCCGGUCGUUCAACCUGUCCGUCGGUGAUCUUCACGUAAACAGGACUGACAGGUUCAAGACGCCUCUGAAUUGUCGCAUCUGCCAGUCGGUUAUCCAGUAUUGAAGCGGAACUUAAAACCGGAAGUGGAGGCUGCGAGUCACCAGCCUUCAAUCUUCAACGUUGGCGACGCAGCCCCGGAGCACCGUUACUGUUCGCAGUGCGACGUGGUCCGAGUAUCCAGCCGGUUCCGCCAAGGCGUGGUCUACUGCAACCCACCGUCGUGUCUCGCAGUGAGAGGGAUCCGGUCGUUCAACUAGCCUAUCGCCGAUCUUCACGAAAAAAGAACCGAGGGGUUUAAGACGCCUCUGAAUUAUCGCAUCUGGCAGUCGGUAAUCCAGUAUUGAAGCGGAACUUCAAACCGGAAGUGGAGACAUGAGCCUUCGAUCUUUAUGUUGACGACCCUGUCCCGGAGCACCGUUCGCAGUCCGACGUGGACCGAGUAGCUAGCCGGUUCCGCCAAGGCGUGGUCUGCUGCAAUCCACCGUCGUUUCUCGCAGGGAUCCGGUCGUUCAACCAGUGUGUCGGCGAUCUUCAUCAAAACAGAACUGACAGGGUUUCCUCAUUCCCAAACUCAAAAUGGGUCACGACUGUCCAGUGUGCGGCAAGAAGAAUGAGUCCGCGUCCGGGCUGACUGUGCACCUGCGGACCCACACGGGAGAGAAGCCUUUUGAGUGCAAGGUUUGCAACAAGAAGUUCAGCCAACGUAGCAAGCUCAAAUCGCACCUCCGAAUCCACACGGGGGAGAAGCCUUUUGAGUGCAUGGUUUGCAACAAGAAGUUCAUCGAAAGUGGCAACCUCAGAAAGCAUCUCCGGACCCACACAGGAGACAAGCCCUUUGAGUGCACGGUCUGCAACAAGAAGUUCACCCAAGGUGGUCAUCUCAGAGCGCAUCUCCGAACCCACACAGGAGACAAGCCCUUUGAGUGCACGGUCUGCAACAAGAAGUUCACCCAAGGUGGUCAUAUCAGAGCGCAUCUCCGAACCCACACAGGAGACAAGCCCUUUGAGGGCACGGUUUGUAACAAGAAGUUCAUCCAAAGUGGCGACCUCAGAAUGCAUCCCCGGACCCACACAGGGGACAAGCCUUUCGAGUGCACGGUUUGCAACAAGAAGUUCAGCCAACGUAGCAAGCUCAAAUCGCACCUCCGAAUCCACACGGGGGAGAAGCCUUUUGAGUGCAUGGUUUGCAACAAGAAGUUCAUCGAAAGUGGCAACCUCAGAAAGCAUCUCCGAACCCACACAGGAGACAAGCCCUUUGAGUGCACGGUCUGCAACAAGAAGUUCACCCAAGGUGGUCAUCUCAGAGCGCAUCUCCGAACCCACACAGGAGACAAGCCCUUUGAGGGCACGGUUUGUAACAAGAAGUUCAUCCAAAGUGGCGACCUCAGAAUGCAUCUCCGGACCCACACAGGGGACAAGCCCUUUGAGUGCACGGUCUGCAACAAGAAGUUCAGCCAAGUUGGCGGCCACAGAAAGCAUCUCCGGACCCACACAGGAGACAAGCCUUUUGAGUGCACGGUUUGCAACAAGAAGUUCACUGCAAGUGGCAGCCUCAGAAUGCAUCUCCGGACCCACACAGGAGACAAGCCCUUUGAGUGCACUGUCUGCAAUAAGAGGUUCCUCCAUGGUGGCAAUCUCAGAGUGCAUCUCCGGACCCACACAGGAGAGAAGCCCUUUGAUUGCACGGUUUGCAACAAGAAGUUCAGCGAAGGUGGCAGCCUCAGAAAGCAUCUCCGGACCCACACAGGAGACAAGCCCUUUGCGUGCAUGGUUUGCAGCAAGAGGUUCAGCCGAAGGUUUUAUGUGAAAAGGCAUCUGCGAACCCACACCGAAGGAAACGAGUUGAACAUCCAGUUGGGAAAUGGGAGUUAAGUUAGGAUGACAGCAGUCUCAACUGCGCACUCUCUUUGAGAAAAAACGUGAAGCUGUAUUGUUCCGGAGGAGGAUUACUAAGCGGCAGGCUUUAGUGUACUGGUUGAGACUGCUCAUAAGGCGCAUAACUUAUAUAUUAAGUCCCAAUUUGUUCAAAGUAGGACUCCAACUUCUUCGUGUUAAUUUUUUGUCUUUUUACAAAAUUAUAGGUUUUUCUUUUCAUUUGUAGGAGUUAAGUGGGAAGUCAUUUAGAACAAUAUGAUUCGGCUCUGUAGGUCUUAGAUCCUCAUUUAAAAUUGAUUAUAUUUCCGAUUCGUAUACAUGAAUAUAUAUGAUUUUGACAUUCCAUCUCUUAAAUAAGAUUCGUUUGUUUUAAGCACGCGUUCACUGAUCAUUGGAAGAGGGCGUUCAUUAAACCUUGUCACCGUUACACAAGCUUUGUAUCAAUUGGACUCAUUUGCACGGUUUAUGAUGUGCAUACAGUGGAUACUUUCCUGCACUGUUUGUACCUUUCUUCUGAAUAAAUAAGUAUGAUUGA